GGGUGUUCUCCCUCCCCCCUCUUGCCCUUUGUCACUUCUGCUGCUGCUGCCGACCUCGUUGGUCUCGAGUCGGUCGGCGCUGCAUCUGCCCCUUCGAGGAAGCGCCGCACAGGCAGGGGCAAGGGGGGCAAGGGCACUGGAGGAGCUGGCGGGAGCGGUGGAGGUGGCGGUGGAGGCGGCGGAGGGAGUGGGGGUGGAGGAGGGAGCGGUGGAGGGGGUGGGGGUACCGGUGGCGGCAGUGGGGGCGGAGGCGGCGGCGGUGGCGGAGGGAGCGGAGGAGGCGGCGGUAGCGGAGGCGGUGGUGGUGGUGGAGGCGGCGGUGGUGGCGGAGGCGGCGGAGGGGGCGGAGGUGGAGGUGGAGCUGGUCGCGGGUCUACGCAGAGGAGUGGCACCGGUGGUGGUCCGCGCCAGCAGCAGCAACGUGGUCGCUCAGCACCCCCAGUAG